ACUCGUGGAGGGUGGCUAGCUGAAGGCAGAGCACUCCGUUCAGCUGUGCCAUUCUGCCUUUCUCCUCCUCCUUCUUCUCCUCCUCCUCCUCUCUCUCUCUUUAGCUCCCCUCUGUCUCUCACUGCUAUGCUUUCCCGGACCCCUUGGCUUUGUUGUGCUGCAUGUCUGACUAGCAGGAGGGGAAUUGGCUGCUCGUCGGCGUGGUGAGCGCCUCGCCGCAGCUCCAACCCACCCACCCACGCCUGGGUCAGGAAAUGUGAGCAGGGCUGAUAGAGGAGGAGAAGCGGGGCUGAAGGUUCGCACCAGCGCUGGAUGUGACAACAGGCAGCUGAGCACUUCGCAGCUUGUGCGGUGUCCCACCCCAGGGCCGGCACAGACCCAGCCAUGGAGGGCUGCCGCUGGACAACUGCUGGCACCCUGCUUCUGGCUUUCCUCGUCCUGAGCUCCAGAACAUCUCGUUCUGAGGAAGACCGAGACUCACUGUGGGGUGCCUGGGGCUCAUGGAGUGAAUGUUCGCGCACUUGUGGAGGAGGAGCUUCAUAUUCACUGAGACGCUGCCUGAGCAGCAAGACCUGUGAAGGGAGAAACAUCCGAUACAGAACAUGCAGUAAUGUGGACUGUCCACCAGAAGCAGGUGAUUUUCGUGCCCAGCAGUGCUCUGCUCACAAUGACGUCAAGUACCAGGGACAGUUUUAUGAGUGGCUUCCUGUCUCUAAUGACCUCGACAACCCAUGCUCGCUGAAGUGCCAGGCCAAAGGAGCAGCUCUGGUUGUGGAGCUGGCACCAAAGGUUCUGGAUGGGACCCGAUGCUACACUGAAUCACUGGACAUGUGCAUCAGUGGCUUGUGCCAAAUCGUUGGCUGUGACCACCAGCUGGGAAGUGCUGUCAAAGAAGACAACUGUGGGGUCUGCAAUGGUGAUGGGACCACCUGCCGGCUCGUUCGAGGCCAGUAUAAGUCCCAGCUCUCAGCAAAUAAACUGGACGAUACGGUGGUUGCUAUUCCCUACGGAAGCAGGCAAAUUCGCCUCAUGCUGAAAGGACCCGAUCAUUUAUAUUUGGAAACCAGGACUCUCCAAGGUGUGAAGAGUGAAAAUAGCCUCAGCUCCACAGGCUCCUUCCUCAUGGAGAAUUCUAGUAUCAGCUUCCAGAAGUUACCUGACAAGGAGAUACUGAGAAUACCUGGGCCUCUCACUGCAGACUUCACUAUCAAGAUCCGCUAUGCUGGUGCUGCCGACAGUUCAGUUCAGUUUAUCUUCUAUCAGCCUAUCGUUCACCGAUGGAGGGAAACUGAUUUUUUUCCUUGUUCAGCGUCUUGUGGAGGAGGUUAUCAGCUAACAUCUGCUGAAUGUUUUGAUUUGAGAAGCAGCCGGGUAGUAGCAGAUCAAUACUGUCACUAUUAUCCUGAAAAUAUCAAGCCAAAGCCAAAACUUCAAGAGUGUAAUCUGGAUCCUUGUCCUGCAAGUGAUGGAUACAAGCAGAUCAUGCCCUAUGACCUCUACCAUCCCCUUCCUCGAUGGGAAAGUACACCCUGGACUGCCUGUUCCUCAUCCUGUGGUGGGGGCAUUCAAAGCCGCAGUGUCUCAUGUGUGGAAGAAGACAUUCAGGGACAUAUCAGCCCUGUGGAAGAAUGGAAAUGCAUGUACACUCCAAAGAUGCCUGUUGUCCAGCCUUGCAAUAUAUUUGAUUGCCCAAAAUGGCUUGCUCAGGAAUGGUCUCCGUGCACUGUGACCUGUGGACAAGGCCUUCGAUACCGUGUAGUCCUUUGCAUUGAUCACAGGGGGAUGCAUACAGGAGGUUGUACUCCUAAAACAAAGCCACACAUAAAAGAAGAAUGCAUUGUACCCACUCCUUGUUACAAAUCCAAAGAGAAACUUCCUGUGGAAGCAAAGUUGCCGUGGUAUAAGCAGGCUCAAGAACUGGAGGAAGGAGCAGUGGUGUCUGAAGAACCAUCGUUUAUUCCUGAGGCUUGGUCCACCUGUAGUGUCACCUGUGGAGUGGGCAGCCAAGUGCGGCUUGUGAAAUGUCAAGUGCUCCUCUCUUUCUCUCAGUCUGUGGCUGACUUACCUAUCGAUGAGUGUGAGGGUCCCAAGCCUGUGUCUCAGAGAGCCUGUUACAGUGGUCCCUGCAAUGGAGAGGCCACCGAAUAUACCCCAGAGGAAUCCGAGCUGCUGUAUGGCAGCUUGCAGGAGUUUGAUGAGCUCUAUGAUUGGGAGUAUGAGGGCUUUACAGAGUGUUCAGAGUCCUGUGGAGGAGGUGUCCAGGAGGCAGUGGUGACCUGCCUGAACAAACAAACCAGGGAGACUGCGGAUGAGACGCUGUGUAUAACCAGCCGUCGUCCUCCCCAGCUGCUGAAAGCCUGUAGCCUGAACCCCUGCCCCCCAAGGUGGGAGAUUGGGAAAUGGAGCACCUGCAGUCUUACUUGUGGGGUUGGAUUGCAGACACGGAAUGUCUUCUGUUCUCAUCUGCUGUCAAGAGAAACUAAUGAGACCAUCAUUUUGGCAGAUGAAUUGUGCUAUAAACCUAAGCCAUCCCUUGUGCAAGCCUGUAAUCGCUUUGACUGCCCACCAUCCUGGUAUCCUACAGAAUGGCAAGAGUGUUCACAGACAUGUGGCAAUGGUGUCCAGAAGCGAGAUACACUUUGUAAGCAGCAUCUGGCGGAUGGAAGCUUGCUAGAACUGCCAGAAACCUUCUGCUCCACACCAAGGCCAGUUACCCAGCAAGUCUGCAAAAAUGAGGAUUGUCCCAGUGAGUGGUUUCUCUCUGACUGGACACAGUGUUCAGUGAGCUGUGGAGAGGGCACCCAAAGUCGAAAUGCUAUUUGCAGAAAGAUGCUGAAAACCGGGCAUUUUGUCAUCAUCAAUUCCUCAUUGUGCCCACCUUUGCCAUUUUCAUCCUUGAUCAGGCCCUGUGCUCUAGGCACCUGUACAAGGCACAACAGGCCAGUUCAUAAGCAAAGCCCCCACAUUAUGGCCAUAAAGAAAGUUUACAUCCAGACAAGGAAGCAGAAGAAACUACACUUUGUUGUGGGUGGGUAUGCUUACCUGCUACCCAAAACUUCUGUAAACCUCCGAUGCCCUACAAGGAGGUUCCGGAAAUCAAUGAUCACUUGGGAGAAGGAUGACAAGAGACUCAUCAGCUCAGCUCACAUCACCAUUACACCCUAUGGGUAUAUCAAAAUCAACCGUUUGAAGCCUUCAGACACUGGGACAUACACCUGUACAGCAGGGCCAGUCCAGGAGUAUUUUGUAAUUAAAUUAAUUGGAAGCAACAAGAUCAUUGCUCAGCAACCAGCUGGUAUUAGGGAAGAAGAAACUAUGAGAAAACCCACCUUAAAUGAAGCCUUGAGAACAGAGGAGAAACAUAUCAACGGGAUUCUUUUCAAUGGGAGCAAAGCUGAAAAGAGAGGGCACCUUGUGGACCCCAGCAGGUGGUAUGAUUAUAUUGUCUCAAGGCUGAUGCAAUACAGGGGCUGGCCAGGGGAAAAUCUGGAGUCCUGGGAAUCCCAGGAGUCCACAGAGAGAAACACAUCUUCAGAGGAGGAUCAGAGCCGAGAGUAUAGCCUGCCAUUUACUCUGAUCACAGAACAGAAACGCUUGGAUGAUAUCAUAAGUAAUUUGUCUCAACAGCCUGAGGAGCUUAAAGAUGUCUACACUGAGCAGCUUGUUGUGCAGCUGGCUCAUGAGGUUUUCAAGAGUCACUUAGAGCACCAGGAAUCUGUUAUCAAAGCAUCAAGGAAAGGAGCAGAUUCAACCUCGAGGGAGCACCCUGUCCACAGACAUGUUUCUGGAUUUACCAGCUCCCUGAGGACAUCAUCUGCUGAAGCAUUCCUUCCUACCUCUGUAAACCCAGCAAAUGGUUUGCGCAGACCUCAUCAAAAGCCUGCCAUCCUACGAAAGAUUUCAGCAGCACAACAGCUUUCUGCUUCAGAGGUUGUUACCCACCUGGGACAGACAGUGGUCCUAGCCAGUGGCACACUGAGCGUGCUGCUUCAUUGCGAAGCAGUAGGAAACCCAAAGCCCACCAUCAGCUGGGCUAAGAAUGGAGAGGAGGUGAAAUACAAUGAUAGGAUGCUACUUCAGCCUGAUGACUCCUUGCAAAUUCUAGCACCUGUGGAAGCUGAUGUGGGUUUCUAUGCUUGCAAUGCAUCUAAUGCCCUGGGAUCUGACUCCGUCUCUAUUGCCAUUACUCUAGCAGGAAAGCCACUGAUAAAGGCAUCAAGAGCUACUGUGAUCAACACUGAAUCUCCUGCUGUUACUGUUGAUAUUGGAAGCACAGUGAAAACAAUCCAGAGAGCAAAUGUUACCAUUAGCUGCCAGGUUGCAGGUGUUCCUGAAGCAGAAGUUACUUGGUUUAAGAACAAGGUCAAGCUGUCCUUUGCUCACCAUUUGCAUGAUGGGCUGCUGCUAAUUCCAAAUGUUUCUCUGUCAGAUCAGGGGUUGUACUCCUGCAAGGCAGCCAAUCUUCAUGGGGAGGUAACUGAAAGCUCCCAGCUGUUGGUUCUUGAGCCUCCACGACCUCUUCCUUACCUAAAAGACUUAACAUCAGUGCUUUCCAGUGCUGGGACCAUCACUCGUUCAGUGCUGACCUCUCCUUCAGGAACAAACAUGACCAUCAGUCCAGGGAGCUCUGCUCUCAUAGGUUGUGCUGUGGAUGGUCAUCCAACCCCGAACAUCACGUGGCUUUACUCUGGUAAGCCACUCAGUCUGCGGCAUCGUCUCCUGGCAGCAGGACUGAUUCUUCAGAUACUCAACGUUAGUGAUGCUCCAGGUGGUGAAUUCAGCUGCCUUGCUCAGAAUGAGGCUGGGUCGCUUACACAAAAAAUAUCCCUGGCUAUACAAGAAUACAAGUGGUCAGUGGACAAGCCGAUGGCUUGUUCAGCUUCCUGCGGCCACAAAGGCAUACAGCUGCCCCAGCUGAGGUGCUUACUGGAUGGGGCUGAAGUCAACAUAUCCUACUGCAAAGAGAAGCCCAAGCCAGCCCUGCAGCCCAUCGCAUGCAACAGGAGAGACUGCCCUUCACGGUGGAUGGUAACGUCGUGGUCUCCUUGCACACAGAGCUGCGGUGGAGGCAUCCAGAUUCGGCGAGUGACGUGUCAGCGCCUGACAGUGAAAGGCAAUUCUGUCCCAGUGUCAAAUGAGGCUUGUGCCCAGGUGUCAAAGCGCCCUGUGGACACACAGAAUUGUAAUAGGCAGCCCUGUGUUGAGUGGUUUGCCUCCUCCUGGGGCCAGUGUAACGGGCCUUGCAUUGGACCACGACUGGCUGUACAGCACAGACAGGUGUUUUGCCAGACCAAAGAUGGGACUUCUGUGUCAUCUGAUCAAUGCAGGUCCUUACCAAGGCCAUUGAGCACCCAGAACUGCUGGACCGACCUCUGUGGCGUGCACUGGAGGGUCAGCCUGUGGACUGUCUGCACAGCUACAUGCGGAAACUACGGCUUCCAGUCCCGGCGUGUCGACUGUGUGCAUAUCCGCACCAACAAGCCUGUGAUGGAGCAUCACUGCUCUUGGAGGCCACGGCCAGCCAACUGGCAGCGCUGCAACAUCACACCCUGUGAAAACGGUACUUUGCUGAGAGGAGGGGAGCCACUGCGGCAAGGAGGGGAGGAAAGAAGGCAGAGCCAUCUCUCAGAAAUGCAGCACUGGACCUGUAGCUGGGCAUCCUGUGGUACCUCCAGCCCAAACGUGUGUAAAAUGCAGUGUCCAAACCUCAGUGCCCCAGCAGGGAAUGGUGCCUAUUGUGGUUUGUUGGUGAUGGUGCUAGUGCUGGGAUUACACCCCUUUCCUAAUAGCGUAUGCAAUGGCUGGGCAGUCUUAACUUUCCAUUGAUGGUACAGACAGAAAGAAAUGCAUGAAUCACAGACAGGCUGCUGGCUAUAGCUACAAUACAGUAAGUCUAAAUCCAAUGGCUAGGUUGAUGAUGGGAAUUCCUGGAGUUGAGGCUGCUUGCUCCCAGGUGACAAGCAACUAACUGGGCCUGCCAAAGGACUAGAUAAGUUACAAAUUUUUUUUUAAGGCAAAAAAGGAUAGUGUGCCUAUUUGGAAGCUAUGUCCUGCUAUGGCAGUGUCAACUCGGGAGACACCAGACAGCAGAAGUCUCAAUUGCUAUCUUCUCAUUUGCCCUGUCUCCCACUUUGCUGGCUGAUUUUGAUGGGCAGAUCCCAUCCUCAAGCACAUGAGCCAGCUGCUGUGCAGUCAUCACAGAAGGAGCAGCAGAACCCGCUUGUGCAUGCCUGCAGCCACACCAACUCUGAGGCUACAUCUCAGUAGACAAAGCAGACUCCACAGGUCCAAACAUGUGAGCUGAGUUUGGGAUACCCUAAUGGAAGUGGAAGGGCUGAGGGAGCUUACGAGUACUACACAUGACCCUUACUGUCACUGCAGCCUCUUCCUGCUAUGUAUAAAUGUCCUGUGAUGAUCCUCUUCCCAGCCUUAGCGUGGGAAGUAGGACUCCCUCAGGAAACAACACCCACAAGGUCUUGCAGGGAUAGUGGACAGUUUUCCAGUCUGGAGCUCCAAAGCAGGAGGCUGUGGGCCUCCAAAAUUGUUGAAAUAAAUACUAGGACCAAAGUCCUAGGGGAGCUCAAAAAGUGUGUGAACGUCCCCAUCCCAAGCUGUGCUCUGGAAUGCACUUGUAACACACAC